GAUACUUCAUGGGUUUCCGGCGCUUUCCGGCGAUGGAGUUCGACGAGUAUGACUACUUGGAGAAAUCAGUCGACGUUCCCUGUGUCCGCAAACAUACAGGUCUGCGUGACUCUCGGCACCGUUUCGAGGGCGAGAAGGAUGCCGGUGACCGCAGAAGUCGCGAGCCGAAGAAGUUCAGGACGGACGAGAACGGAGGGGCGUUUGACCGAUCUGACCGGCGGGAGAAGGAUUACCGUAGGAGCGGCGACAAGGACCGCGAAAGGGACAGGGAUCAUCGGGAGAGGGAUAGAGAGAAAGAGAAGGAGAAGGAUAGACACCGGGAAAGGGAGAGGGAGAUGGACAGGCAUCGAGAAAGGGAGAAGGAGAAAGAUAGAUACCGGGAAAGGGAGACGGAAAGGAGCAGAGAUAGGGAGAGUGAGAAAGAGAUGGAUUUGGACAGGGAGACGGAAAGAUCAAGGAGGAGCCGCAGCAGCUCUAGGAAGCAUGAUAUUGAGUACUUAAGAGAAAAGGAGAGGUCUAGGAGCAGGGAAAUGAGGGAGCGAGAUGAAAGGGACUCAAGGGAAAGCAGGCGGUUUAGAGAGAAAAAAGAACCGUUAGAAGCUGAAGCUGAUCCUGAAAGGGAUCAGAGGACAGUUUUUGCCUAUCAGAUGCCUUUGAAGGCUACUGAGAGAGAUGUUUAUGAGUUCUUCUCAAAAGUGGGCAAGGUCAGAGAUGUGCGGUUGAUCAUGGAUCGGAACUCAAGGAGAUCAAAAGGCGUUGGAUACAUUGAGUUUUAUGAUGCAAUGUCCGUGCCAAUGGCAAUCGCCCUUUCCGGUCACCAACUUUUAGGCCAGCCUGUGAUGGUCAAACCAUCUGAAGCAGAGAAGAAUCUUGUGCAGUCAAAUACUAGCGGAGCACUUGGUGCAGCUGGUGCCCGAAAAAUUUAUGUUGGCAACUUGCACUUCAAUAUUACUGAAGACUUACUUCGUCAGGUUUUUGAGCCUUUUGGUCAUGUAGAACUUGUCCAAUUACCACUGGAUCCUGAAACUGGGCAUUGCAGAGGAUAUGGAUUUAUUCAAUUCUCCCAAGUUGAAUAUGCUAAGGCAGCACAAAGUUUGAAUGGGAAAUUAGACAUAGCUGGCCGGAUAAUCAAGGUUUCAGCUGUAACUGAAAAUGUCGUUUCACAAGAAUCAGGAACAAAUGCUACUGACUUUGAUGAUGAUGAUGGAGGCGGUUUGUCUAUGAAUGCACGUUCAAGGGCAAUUUUGAUGCAGAAACUGGAUCGAACUGGAACUGCCUCAAGUAUUGUGGAGUCUCUGGGCGUGCCUGUUCUUAAUGGAGUGGCUCUAAGUCAACCUGUUAUAUCCUUGCCCAGAAAUGGACAGGCUACCAUACCUGCAGGCUUUCCAGCUGUGCUUGCUACUACCAUUCCUGAGCCUAUAGGAGAGCCAAGUGAAUUUAUUUUGUUAAAGAACAUGUUUCAUCCAAGUACUGAGACUGAUCCUGAUUUUGACUUGGAUAUUAAAGAGGAUGUUCAAGAGGAAUGUGUCAAGUUCGGCCCCUUGAAGCAUAUUUAUGUGGACAA